CCGAGCGCGCCAACCAGUCAGAACGUCGCUGCUGCUGCUGCUGCCUGACAUUCAAUCGAGAGAGAGAAAGGGAGCCACGGACGCACAGAGAGCGAAAAGUGCAGGCUCCCUCGGGAAAGGGAAGAAAUAAAAGAAGAAGGAAGGCAAGAAAGACACAAGAACGGGAAAGAAAAGAUUCAGGCUAGGAGGAGCGAUCUUCCCUAUAUCCUACGCUUUUAGGAUUUGCUAUUCCUUUUUUCUAUUCGCCUAAUAAUUUAUUCCACCACCACGAUCGGCUGUGAGGUUUCGCUUUCCUCGCUAAGCAACUUGGAUUUUUUUCUUUUUCUUUUUGGUUAAGUGGAAAGAAAGAGGGGAAACAUUUUCUGCUCCUCUUCUUCACGCCUAGCAGAGGAGUCCCGAAUCGAACUGGGCUGAGCGAUCCCGGGCCCCGAAGGUGGUGCUAAAACGAGAGAGAGGAAACCCCCUCAAACCCAGCACGAAACAAACCACCCAACCACUUCUGCUUGGAAGCAGCGACUCCCGCGACUGCGGCUGCAGGAUCCGAGCCCACGCGUGCGUUCGAGAGACCUGGGGGAGAGAAAAUGCAUUGAAACUUCGCGCAAACUUUGUUCGCUUCCCCCUCUCUCUUUUUGGUGUGUGUGUGUGUGUGUGUGCCUGUGCAGUGCACGCUCGCGUGUGGUGUCUUGCCACCAAGGGUUGGAGUGAGAGAGAGAGAGAGAGAGUGGGCGGCUGGAAAUCUGUUACAAUUCAGAACCUUCUGACGAAUCUGGUGGGAUUCCUGCGGAGAGGCUCCGAAUCCGAACCGAGGAAGCCCCGAGAGCCUUUCUGCAAGCCGAAAAGAAAGCGAGAGGUGUGCGGAGGGGAAUCUGCGUCUCGGGCGCCUAGGGAGCCGGGCUUAUGGACGGGUGAAACCAGAGACUGAAGUCUCCCCCCUUCCCCCUACAACCCACCCCUGCGCUUUCCUUGAUCGGAGCGGCCCCAGGAAAAGGAAGAAGAGGAGUUAAAGAGAGCGAGCCAGCGCGGCUCCGACCAGCUACUCCGGCUCCUCUUUGCCUCGCGCCAGGAAUCAUGAACUUUCUGCUCGCUUGGAUGCACUGGGGGUUGGCCGCGCUGCUCUAUUUCCAGAACGCCAAGUUCUCGCAGGCUGCUCCUGCCCAGGGAGAUGGGGAAAAGCAACAGAGUGAGGUUAUCUCAUUUCUGGUGGUCUUUGAGCGCAGUGCCUGCAGGACAAUUGAGACCAUGGUGGAUAUUUUCCAAGAAUACCCUGACGAGGUGGAAUACAUUUUCAAGCCAUCCUGUGUGCCCCUGAUGAGGUGUGCAGGGUGCUGUAAUGACGAGGCGCUGGAGUGCGUACCCACAUCGACGUACAAUGUCACCAUGGAGAUCCUGAGAAUUAGACACUUUCAAGGCCAGCACUUAAGCCGGAUGAGCUUCCAGCAGCACAGAGAAUGUGAAUGCAGAGAGAGACCAAAGAAAGAAGUGAAACCUAGACAAGAAAAAAAAUCAAAGCGAGGAAAGGGGAAGGGUCAAAAGAGAAAGCGCAAGAGAGGCCGGUAUAAACCACAAAACUUUCACUGUGAACCUUGCUCAGAAAGGAGAAAGCACUUGUUCAAACAAGAUCCCCAGACCUGUAAAUGUUCCUGCAAAUUCACAGACUCACGUUGCAAGUCGAGGCAGCUUGAGUUAAACGAGCGCACUUGCAGAUGUGAAAAACCGAGACGGUGAGCAGCAGAGAAGAAAAGGAGUGGGGGAAGAGAACCUUGGUUUCUGGAGCCUGAUAUCUCGCCUGGUCAAAAAACACUAAUCCAAAUGAACACUAAAAUGAAGGAUCAGUAGAGCACAGCACUUUUGAGUACGGACGAUGGACUCCGGAAGGAACAUUCCCCGAGGACCCUCACAGGAUUCACCUUUUGGUUUUGAACUGGUUUUCUAUAGAGACUUUCCUUCUCAUGCUGCUAAAUAAUAGAGCCAGGGAGACCGGAGUGGUAUGUUUUGGGACUCCCGUUUCACAUGAAUAAAAAAUAUAUAUGUUUGUAAAUAUAGAUAUACAUAUAUAUUCUGAGUUUUAAGAAAAAGAAAACAUUGCUAACAUUAUUGGUGUCUUCACUGGAUAUAUUCAACUGCUGUGGACACAAGUGGGCUACUUGGGGCGUAAGAAAGAAACGAUGACUGGACUUCAGCCAAAAGCGCUCAGUGUAAUCUUCAUACUCUUGCUGACUCUGUUAAGCAUGCUGCUCCACCAAGCUCAGUUCCCCAGGCCCUGUCUUGACUGGAGAGACAUUGGCACCAGAGAGGAGGUGGCAGGGGAUUCCAAAGAUGGGGCCUUGGAAUAUUAUGGGUCAAAAGGUCAAGGAAGUGGCUCUAGCCACUAGGUCUGAGGAUUCGGUCAACUUCCCUCCCCCUCCUCUCCAAAACGAUCUGCCCCAACUUGUCUUGCAACCUGCCUGUUUUGAUGGGACACUGGUGUAUGUUGUCGAAUUGACUUUGCUGCAGGAACUUUGCCCUGGAUCUAUGUUCUGGCCUUAACGGUGCUUGUCAGUGGCUGGUGCUUGUCAACUUGAGCAGGCGUUGCUGGGAUCUACAAUCUUGCAACCUCUCUUUGCUACUUAAAUCAAGGAUAUAGGGGCUUGGCAGUACAUGGAAGCAAGAAUAUAUUAGCCAGGCAGUUGAGCAGUGCUGUCUGCCAUCCUUAUGCACAGAGCUGCCAUUGAAGAUGCUUAUGGAACAUCUCUGGAAAGGGAUAUUAAUCUGAAGUAUAUAUGUACAAUAGAUUGGGGCGGGGGGUGAGUGUGUGUCUGUGUGGGGAGUAUAUGCAGACAAAUAUACAGGUUCAAAAUUGGAAAGUGGCAUUUACAGCCUGCUGGGCACUAUCCAAUGAGAGAUUACUUCUUGUUUUGUGAAUUCAUUCAUAUUCUCAAUCUGUUGUAACAUGAAUGUGCCAAGACAUCUUGUGCUAUGCUGGAGUUUUGUAACUUUAUUUCUGUCCACCAUCAUGCUGGUGGGGUAAUACUGCCUAUCCUACCAAUACACGGUCUUGCUUAUUUGAAAACGUGUUCCAUUGCAACAGAAACUUAUUUAACAGGACACUUAUGAAGCAUUUGCCACCAAACAUUGGAUAAUUCAUAAUGAGUUUAUUUGCCUGAAGUAAACUCUCAUCUGGACUUUGGGGGUGCCCAUCUUAAAUUUUCCUCCCCAAUAACCUUGAGCAAUGUGCCAUGUAGAAUCUUGAAUUUUCAGUGUUGAAUUGUUCAGAAAACACUUGUCUGACUUGGCUUGAUGUGACAAAGAUAGCCUCAAAUUGACCCCAUUCAUCAUGCUUCUGCACUACGAGGUUCGGAACAUUCUUAUGUGGAACCUGAUUAAAGUUGGUAGCACCCUAGAGUGGCUAAUCUAUUCAGGCUCUCUAGAUGUUGGCAGUAUUGUUUAACCCCAUUUAGCACAGCUUUCCCAACCUGGUGCUUUCCAGUGGUUACUGUUGUUUUUACUACAACUAAGUUUUUUGGGGGGAUUACAACUAACUCAGCUAGGUUGGGGAAAGCUGUUGAAUUAAAGGUGUGUGUGUGUGUGUGUUUGUAAAAUCAGGCCCAGUCAACAGCCGCUGUAAACAUGCAUUGCCUGUGAUUUGCAGGACCAUGUGUGCACGACCCUUGGGGAAGUAGACAAGACUUUGCAACUCUUAAAACUGGUAAGAGUUGCAUUGUAACACUGGCGUGGGGACUGCGUUACAACACGGAAGCUUGGGCUAGUCAGCUAGAUAUAAUGCACAAAUUUUGAGUAAUGGAUGCCUAAGUGCUCUUGUGAGAUCAGGCUAUAAUGCUCAGUGCCUUGCAAGAUAAAACACUAUAAACACCAAAGCACACCAAACCACUAGGUAUUAAUUAAACAUUCUGAUCUGGAAAGGAGCUGGCAGCAAUGUACUUUAAAUGUCUGAAGUUUGUUGACUUGCCCAAAUACACCCUGGCCUUAGCCAGCAAAUGAGUGGUGGUGAUGAUAAUAGGGCCAUAUUGAUGACUUGGCAAGCGCAACAUGGAUACAAUCCACUGGUAGCCUCCCCCCCCCACUCAUUAGUUCUAGACAAAAUUUACUUGGUGGGUGAGUGGAACUGGUGCUCCUGCACUUGGAUUGAUCCUGGAAGGGCAGUGCUUCCGUUCCCCCCCCCCCCCCAGUUGGAUUGAACCCAGCACCUGCGACAUUGCGGACAGCUUCCACUGCCUUCUAAGCAGGUGUAUGUGGUGCAGACUCUUUGAGAUUUGAAGCAGCAUUGUUGCCUUUGAAAACCUAUUCCUAUUUAAUUUAUGUAAAAUAUGUUGGCAUUCAGUGUGUGUGUGUGUGUGUGUGUGUGUGUGUACCUGAGUGAUGCUGCAUGCAUGGACCUGUGGCUGCCUGGCUGCUCAAAAGGUAGUAAGGCCAGAUCUGAUUGGCUCGGUGAGUGGGCGGAAUGAAUCCAAACUUCUUCCCUUGCAUUGAGGUAGCUGCAGGUUCUGGAUUCUCUCUCUCCCCACCCCCUUCCAUUCCUUAAGAGAUUCAGCACUUAGCGCUGGCCAUCCAUUUCGCAUUGCAGACCUGUUUCCUAAUUCAGUGAUGGAUGGCUGUGAAUGCAGAGGUCUAGAACCAUGUGCCCAUCGUGUGUGUGUGUGUGUGUGUGUGUGUGUGGAAGCUUGCUUCCAGUUGCCUUCACUGGAGUGGGGUGUAUGCCUGGUGCUCAGUUUCAGAAGUUUGGGGGUUU